ACUUCAUCACAAUAUUUUGGCACUUCUAAAAUGGAGGAGAUUGAUGUGCCUACACAUUUUCUCUGCCCUAUUUCGUUGCAACUUAUGAGAGAUCCAGUGACAGUCUCGACAGGAAUUACAUACGAUAGAGAAAGCAUAGAGAGAUGGUUAUUUUCUUGCAACAACAACACUUGUCCGGUGACAAAACAAGUUUUGUUAGAAGCCGAUCUGACUCCAAAUCACACUCUUCGUCGGUUGAUUCAAUCAUGGUGCACUCUGAAUUCGUCCCUUGGAAUUGAACGAAUUCCUACACCAAAGCCACCUGUUAAUAAAACCCAGAUCGUCAAAAUUAUCGAUGAAGCCAAAAGGUUCCCUCAUACGCAGCUCAAGAGCCUGAGAAAAUUGAGAUCCUUCAUGCUUCAAAGUGAAAGAAACAAAGCCUGCAUAGAGGCUGCUGGGGCUGUUGACUUCUUGGCUACAACUGUGAAGAGUUAUGGUUCCAGUUUGACCGAAGUAGAUAUCGAUGACGGGUCCGAUUUGGCAACAGCAAGUGACGAGGCAUUGAGCAUUUUAUAUCAUCUAAAUCUCUCGGAAAGCUAUUUGAAGAAACUAGUAAACGAUGAUAAAUUUGUGGGUUCUUUGGUGCAACUGUUGAAGCAUGGAAACUAUCAAUCUCGAGCUUAUGCUACAGUAAUAUUGAUGUCCAUUUUUACAGUGGCAGAUCCAAUUCACUUGGUCAGUGUAAAGCCCGAAUUUUUUACUGAAAUUUCAUAUGUGUUAAGUGAUCAGGUUUCACAGCAAGCUUUCAAGGCCGCUUUGAAGCUUCUUUUAGAGCUUUGUCCAUGGGGAAGAAACAGAAUCAAAGCUGUCGAAGGUGGAGCAGUUCCUAUAUUAAUAGAUCUUCUUCUUGAUAUGACAGACAGGAGAGUUUGUGAGCUCAUACUAAACGUAUUGGAUCAGCUGUGUCGAUGUGCAGAAGGGAGGGCUGAGUUGUUGAAUCAUGAAGCAGGUGUAGCCAUUGUUUCAAAGAAAAUACUUAGGGUUUCUCAUGUGGGAAGCGAUAGAGCGGUCAGAAUUUUGACUUCAAUAUGCAAAUUCUCUGCAACUGCUAGGGUUCUUCAGGAGAUGUUGCAGGUGGGUGCUGUGGCAAAGCUGUGUUUGGUGCUACAAGUCGACGCAAGUUUGAAGACAAGAGAAAGAGCAAAGGAAAUACUUAAGCUACACUCAAGGAUUUGGAGGGCUUCUCCUUGCAUUCCUCCACGUUUGUUGUCUUGUUAUCCCUCUUCUUGAAUUAAAAGAAACUAUUUUUUGGUAGAUAGUAAUUGAUGCCAAUAAAUAAGGUUGAUAAACAAGGCCUUAUGUUGACAAAGUUUAAUUUUUGUAUACAAUUAAUGAAUUAUAUCAGUGAAAUGUUGUCCAAAAUUUGUAACUCUCAUUCAUUAAUGUAUACU